GAAGGGGCAGAGCUAUAUGGUAAGAGGAAGGGAAGGGGGAAGGGAAGAAAGAGAGCAGAGAAAGGAGAAAAGAGACCACCAGAAGGGGAGGAUGAAUUUAUAGAGGUGAAGGUGAAAAAGCGGAGAGAAUAAGAUCAAGGGAAGGUGUGAAAGGAGAGGCAGGAGACGGGGACAAAGCUAUAGAGAGGGGAAGGGUAUUCUCGAGGGAAGGAGGGAGUGAAGCAAAGAAAGGGGAGGAGAAGAGAGGGUAAGGAAAGAGGCAAGGAGCAGCGGAGGAGAGAUGUGAGGAGGGAUAUGAAGAGGAGCCCUGGAGUGUGAAAGGGGACGGAGGGAGGAGAGAGGGCGCUGGGAGGGUAGCGCAGCCCUGGGCGGGAUGGUUCCCCGGGCGGCGCUGGUGCUGCUGGUGCUGCCAGCGCUGCGGGCCCUGGAGUUGGGGGUCGGGGGCGGAGGCUGGAGCAGGGAGACUGGGGUCGGCCGGGCCCCGGGCCGCGGGGAGGACACCUUCUCGGCACUGCAGAGCGUGCAGCGGGCGCUGGGUCCUGAGCGGGAGCUGCUGCGGCUGCUGGAAGGCUACGUGCGGGGUGAGGAAGCCCGUCUGCGGGACCUGCGCAGGUUCUACAACAAGGUCCUUUCUUUGCACAAGGGGUCUGCCACCCCUGUGGGCAAUCCUCUGCUGGCCUACACCCUUAUUAAGCGAUUACAGUCUGAUUGGAGGAAUGUUGUGUACAGCCUGGAAGCCAGUGAGAACAUAAGAGCUUUGAAGGAUGGCUAUGUGAAAGUGGAGCAGGACCUCCCAGCCUUUGAGGACCUGGAGGGAGCAGCCCGGGCCUUGAUGCGUCUGCAGGAUGUGUAUAUGCUGAGUGUGAAAGGAUUAGCACAUGGAGCUUUUCAGAGAGUCACAGGCUCUGAUGUCACUGACAUCUACAGGCCCAGCCAGGUUUUUCCCCUCUCAGCAGAUGAUUGCUUCCAUGUGGGAAAGGUGGCCUAUGACAUGGGCGAUUACUAUCACGCCAUCACAUGGCUGGAAGUGGCCGUCAGCCUCUUCCGAGGCUCCUAUGGGGAGUGGAAUACAGAGGAUGAAGGGAGCCUAGAAGAUGCUCUGGAUUACUUAGCUUUUGCUUAUUUCCAGGCAGGAAAUGUUUCUUACGCCCUCAGUCUCUCCAGAGAGUUCCUUCGCUAUGAUCCAGAUAACAAGAGGAUAGCUAGAAAUAUACGGAAAUAUGAAAGACUGUUGGAAGAAAAAUCCAAUGUGACAGGACCUGAGGUGGCCAUCAAAAGACCUAAUGUCCCCCAUCUGCAGACAAGGGACACCUAUGAAGGAUUGUGCCAGACCUUGGGUUCCCAGCCCACUCACUACCAGAUCCCCAGUCUCUACUGCGCCUACGAGACCAAUGGCAGCCCCUAUCUGCUGCUCCAGCCUGUCCGGAAGGAGGUACUCCACCUGGAGCCCUACAUUGUCCUCUAUCAUGACUUUGUCAGCGACUCUGAGGCCCAGAAGAUUAGGGGGUUUGCAGCACCCUGGCUGCAACGGUCAGUGGUGGCUUCUGGGGAGAAACAGCAACAAGUGGAAUAUCGCAUCAGCAAGAGUGCCUGGCUGAAGGACACUGUGGACCCGAUUUUGGUGUCCCUGGACCGCCGCAUUGCGGCCCUCACCGGCCUCAAUGUACAGCCUCCCUAUGCUGAGCAUCUCCAGGUGGUGAACUAUGGAAUUGGAGGACAUUAUGAACCUCACUUUGACCAUGCAACAUCGCCAAGUAGUCCUCUGUACCGAAUGAACUCCGGGAACCGGGUUGCAACCUUCAUGAUCUAUCUGAGCUCGGUAGAAGCUGGAGGAUCUACAGCCUUCAUCUAUGCUAACUUCAGCGUCCCAGUUGUGAAGAACGCAGCCCUGUUUUGGUGGAAUCUUCACAGGAGUGGUCAAGGUGAUGGAGACACAUUACAUGCUGGCUGUCCUGUCCUGGUGGGAGACAAGUGGGUGGCCAAUAAGUGGAUCCACGAGUACGGGCAGGAGUUCCGCAGACGGUGCAGCUCCCAGCCUGACGACUAGCCCCGGAACAGAGGCCUCCUCCUGGCAGCCAGAAGCCAAGACCUGGGCCGUGGGCAGUGUGUAUGGCAGGGGGAGGG